GUUGAAUUUCUUUCGGUAUACGGAGUAUGUGGUUGCAAGUCAACACAUAAUCCUUGCCUAGCUAACUCCUGUCCCCAUCCAACUAUAUUCCACCAUUAUCGAUAUCCUUCAAUUAAUUGGCAACCCAAAGCUGACGCUACAAAGCUCCCUUGAAGCAAAAGUCCGCCUUCUUCCUCCAUCCCUAUCCCCUUUCCGAUCAAUCUCCGGCAAGGGUAGUUUACGCAUAUAUGGGAUUAGUGGAGGAAGCCCACAACGUGCGGGUCUUGGGCUCGGGGACUCGGACUGUGGUGCUUGCUCACGGGUUCGGGACGGACCAAUCCGUGUGGAAGCACCUCAUUCCGCACCUGGUCGAGCAGUACCAGGUGGUGGUUUUCGACAACAUGGGUGCCGGCACGACCAACCCGGACUACUUUGACUUUGACCGCUACACCACGCUGGAAGGCUACGCGUAUGAUGUGAUCUCGAUCAUGGAAGAGCUUCAACUGCAGUCGUGCAUUUACGUCGGCCACUCCGUCUCCGCCAUGAUCGGCGCCAUCGCCUCCAUCGCCCGGCCGGAACUUUUCACCAAAAUUGUAGCCAUUUCUGCCUCUCCCAGAUAUCUGAACGACGUGGACUACUAUGGGGGGUUUGAGGUAGAAGAUCUGGAGCAGCUAUUCGAUGCAAUGCGAUCAAACUACAAAGCAUGGUGCUCAGGAUUUGCACCAUUGGCCGUCGGAGGGGACAUGGAUUCCGUCGCCGUUCAAGAAUUCAGCCGGACGUUGUUCAACAUGCGGCCGGACAUAGCUCUCAGUGUGCUCCAAACCAUAUUUCAGAGCGACCUCCGGCAUCUCUUGAGUCACGUCACCGUGCCCUGUCACAUCAUCCAGAGCAUGAAGGACUCGGCGGUGCCCGUCGUCGUCUCGGAGUACCUUCAUCAGAAUCUCGGUGGCGACUCCGUCGUGGAGGUGAUGUCCACCGAUGGCCAUCUUCCGCAGCUAAGCUCGCCGGACGUCGUGGUUCCCGUCGUCCUCAGACACAUUCAAUACGAUAUAGCAACUUAAUGUACAUGCAACUGGACUAGUUUAUUUUAUGUCAUGGAAGUUACUACUUAAAUUCUCCACUUGUUUUGAAAAUUUGUGUUUUGAGUGGGAAAAAUGCAGUUGUGUUGUUCGUGUUUGUUAUUAUGAGAGGAGAAAUAUUGUUAGUUGUACAUAUGUUUCCAAAGAAUGAAGAGGUUGUGAGAUAACCCCAAAAAAAUCAUAGAAAAUUAUCACUCAAC